UGGGAGCUGCACAGCAGGAAAUGUGGACUGCGGAAGAAAGAGCAGUGAAUCCCUCCGGGCUGUGAGGACGUGCUGAGCUGGAGUUUUUAUUAGCGGAAAGCUUUUCUAUCUGUUCUACCCGUUGAUUAACUGUAAGUCAUGUUCGGACAGUUCUCCUGGACCUACUCGGUGGAGCCUGCUCACCCCGGCUGUAGUACCAGGGCAGCGGGAACAAUGCCUUGAACUUGGAAAUCUCUCUACAACUUGAUGGAUGUGUAGAAGUGGGAUUCUGACUAUGGUCUGAACGAACAGCUGAGGGAAACAUGGGAGUGCAGCAGCUGAAGCGGUUGUUUUGUCUGCUGGUGUGUUGUGAACUUUCCUCAGUUGUAAACGGUCGCAGUUCGGACUGGAGAAAUUAUGAACUCAACCUCGCGGGUAACGUGGACAGGACUAACGCUGAGCUCUUGGCUUCCAGCAGAGUCUCCAACAGCGUGGACAUGAGAGAUGAGGGACAAUCUGGGGGCACUUUGUCGUUUACCGUGGCCAGGACUUUGGGGCAAAACGGCAGUGCCAGGUCUAAUAACGAGCGAGUGAAUGUUACAGGUGUGGACAGGGCCGUUAGACCUGCUAGGCACCUCCACACCAGACUGUCCGCCAGCCAUCCACCCCGGGGAAGACCCCCCUCAGAGCCUAGUCUACCUCACCGACACAAAAGAGGGACGAGGAGUAGCAGCCAGGCCACAGAACACCCUGAGCCAUCACCGUCAGUGGACCUCAGCGAUGCCCCCAAGUUGGAAACCCUCCCUAAGCCUUUAGCCCAGAACCAGUCCACUGAGCCUCCCUUUGACUUCACUCUAGACAGGGGUUUGUUCACUGUGCCCGAGAGCGACUACGAACACUUCACCCCAUUCGUCCCCAUUAACACUCGGCCAAAGCCCCCCGCGGUCAAGAACCCGUUUUAUCCGCUCACAAGUGAAUCGUACGGGGCGUACGCCAUCACAUGUAUCUCCGUGAUCGUCUUCACAGUGGGGAUCAUCGGAAACAUAGCAAUCAUGUGCAUAGUGUGCCAUAAUUACUACAUGCGCAGCAUCUCCAACUCCCUGCUCGCCAACCUGGCCCUGUGGGACUUCCUCAUCGUCUUUUUCUGCCUGCCGUUGGUGACAUUCCACGAGCUCACGAAGGACUGGCUGCUCGGAGAGUUCUCCUGCAAAAUAGUACCCUAUAUUGAGGUGGCUUCCUUAGGUGUAACUACUUUCACACUUUGCGCCUUGUGUAUCGACCGUUUCCGUGCAGCCUCCAACGUGCAGAUGUACUAUGAGAUGAUUGAGAACUGUGCCUCCACUGCAGCAAAACUCGCUGUCAUUUGGAUUGGAGCUCUGCUUCUCGCGCUGCCUGAGCUGUUGAUCCACCAGCUGGUGAAAGAGGAGCGUGAGCCCCCUGAGGUGACCCCUUGCGAGCGCUGCGUGGUCCGUAUCUCCACCGCACUUCCAGACACCCUCUAUGUGUUGGGCCUCACGUACAACGGCGCCCGCCUCUGGUGGUACUUUGGCUGCUAUUUCUGCCUUCCUACCAUCUUCACCAUCAUCAGCUCGGUGGUGACUGCCCAGAAGAUCCGUAAGGCAGAGCGGGUCAGCGUGAGAGGGAACCGCAAGCAGAUCCAGCUGGAGAGCCAGAUGAACUGCAUGGUGGUGGCGCUGGCCAUACUGUACGGCUUCUGCGCCAUCCCCGAAAACAUCUGCAACAUCAUGUCCGUGUACAUGGCUGCAGGAGUGCCACGUCGCACCUUGGACAUCCUGCACUUGGUCAGUCAGAUGCUACUGUUCUGCAAGUCCGCGGUCACUCCAGUGCUGCUCCUGGCCCUGUGCAGACCCUUUGGCAGGGCCUUCCUGGAUUGCUGCUGCUGCUGCUGGGAGGAGUGCGGCCCUCCGAAGUCCUCCACUGCCACCAGUGAUGAUAAUGAGCAUGAGUGCACCACCGAGCUGGAGCUUUCACCCUUCAGCACCAUGCGCAGAGAAACGUCUACCUACACAGCCGUGGGCACACACUGCUAGGGCACUUUAUCCUACCAAUGCCCUAUACAACAUCCCACCCAUAGGGCACUUUAUAAAGGGCUCCGAUUCACUGAACAAACUAAGUGAGACAGCUUGUUUGCAUGUGCUGCCUCACUUUGAGCUAUAAAUGAUGCAGCUCCUUUUUGGGGGAUACACUGUAAACACAUUAUCUUUUGAUUAUAGGGGCAAAGAGCCAGGACAGAAGGUGUUACAGUUGUAACUGUCCGCUGCUGUUUACAGAAGAAAAUCAUAUGCAUUAUCUGUAGUUUAAAUUGAGUUCAUAGUGAUUGUGAAUUAACUCACUGUUAUUUUUUUCUUUUUGCACAGUUGUCUUAAACCUUUUUGCCCCUUUUUGUUUUAAAUUGAACGUUUACAUAUUUCCAGCAUACAAUAGUAUUUUGCAGGUAAGUAGGAUAGUAGUGAGUAUUUUGAGUCGUACUGGAAAACAGUGAUUCUUAUGAAUCAGUAAGUUAAGUUAAGCCUGGCUCCCUUGCUAUGUAAGUAUUAUGUUUACUCUGUAUUUGUUAGCAGAAAAUGAUAUCUUGCACUUCAGUUGUUAUUGUAAAGCACUGAAGAAGCUGUUUUAGCUAAAUAAAUGUCACUUUAAUAAAAAAAGAGG